AUGAGGGAGAGGUGCGGAGGGUUGACAGGGAUGGGAAAGGAAGGAAAAAGAAACAAAAAAACAAAAAAUAGUCCCAGUCCAGCUCGAGCAAUAGUGGCAACGUCUCAGCUGGCCGUUGAAGUGAGGGACCGAAUUGAAGAGAACGAAACCGAGAAGAAGCUAUUCGAUAGGCUUCGUCUCGGCACGGCACGCCUCGCAAUUUCGGCCCCGGGCGGAUGA